UUACGCCAGAGGCACUGCAGGUAAAAUACAUCCCUUUGCUGUUUUAUUUAGCACGAGAUGAAGCAGGUGAAAUGCGAGUAAUAGGGCUGGAAAAGCACCACAGACACAGAGGGAUUUGCCUGGGAGGGACAGAAUAAAUUAGAGUGCCUCUCCUUAAUGUUACCUGGAGGGAAAGAAUAGGAGAAUUUGCCAUCCUAGAAAGAGCCUCCUUUGUGAAACGGAGCUGAAGGAACCAAGAGGCAAGGCAAGCUGCACAACCUUCCUGCUACUUCUCUGAACCCUGAAACCACAACAGCACCUUGCAGCUGAAGGGAGAUCCCCAGGAGGUGGUGUCCAGGAAAGGGGAAUGAUGCUUGCCCCCAGCUCCGCUCCGAUGCCAGAGCAGGGCUGGCAAACCACAGGAGCGAUGGGAAGCCUCCAGAGCCUGAAGAAAUUUCACAGCCAGGAUUUCAAGGACCUGCGAGCCUUGUGCCUGAGCCAAGGGCUGCUCUUUGAGGAUCCCACCUUCCCUGCUCACACCAGCUCCAUCGGUCCCAGCCUGCUCCCAGAGGAGACGCUCCAGCAAAUACAAUGGAAGAGGCCAACGGAACUUCAGAGAAAUCCUCAUUUGAUCAUGGAUGGAGUUAGCAGAUUUGAUAUCAUGCAAGGAGAAGUAGGUGACUGCUGGAUGCUGGCUGCCCUGGGUGCCUUGACACUGAGAAAACAGUUUUUGGAAAAUGUUAUACCAAAGGACCAAGGAUUCCAGGACGAUUAUGCUGGGAUAUUUCAUUUUCGGUUCUGGCAAUAUGGAGAAUGGGUGGAUGUAGUGAUAGAUGACCGGCUGCCAAUCCUAAAUGGAAGAUACCUGUUUGUACACCCCCGAACUUCAAAUGAAUUCUGGCCAUCCUUGCUGGAAAAAGCAUAUGCCAAGGUGCAUGGCUCCUACCAGAACCUGAACGGAGGCUACCUUUCAGAUGCUUUAGUAGACUUCACAGGUGGAGUCCAAGUGCAGUUUUCACUGAAGGAGCCCCCUCCUGAACUGAAGGAGAUCCUGAGAGCUGCUGACAGAUCCCAGUGCCUCAUGGGGUGCAGCACCCCGGGCCAGUCAAGGAGGAACAUAGAGCUGAGGAAUGGGAUUGUUCAGGGUCAUGCCUACACCAUCACAGGAGCUGUGAAGAUCCCCUACAAGAAUGGCUGGAAACAUAUCAUCAGGAUCUGGAAUCCAUGGGGCCAUGGGGAGUGGAAGGGGCCCUGGAGCGAUAACUCUCCUCAAUGGGACCGUGUUGAGCCUAAAUACAGAGAAGCCCUCCUCAGAAAUAAGGAUGAUGGAGAAUUCUGGAUGUCCUGUGAGAACUUCCAGGAGCAGUUUUCGUGGGUGUAUAUAUGUAACAACACCCCAACAUUCCUGGACUUUGGAGAUGGGCACUGCACAAUGUGGUCUCUGACCAGCUACACCAACCUGUGGAGCCCAGGCCUUCCCACGAGGAGGAACCGCUAUUCCUCGGGUAAUGGAUGCUGUCCCCUCCUCUGCACUGGGAGGAACCACUAUUCCUCGGGUGCAGCUUCAACAAACCCUCGGUAUUUUUUCAAAGUGCUGGAUCAUGACUCAAAUACCUAUAAUGUAGCAAUUUCACUCAUGCAAAAACAUGCUGAGGGUAUGCAGGAUGAAAAAAACCUGGAUAUUGGCUUUUCCAUCAUCACAGAGAAUUCCAGAGUUCUGAAGCGAAUCUUUUUCCGGACUCGAGAUGUGACCAGCUACUUAAUCUUGAGCCCAGGAACCUACACCGUUGUUCCUGCUGCAACAGAGGACCAAGAAUUCGAAUUUCUCUUACGGAUUUUCAUAAAGAAUCAAGACUGCAAUGAGAGCUCAAACUCCUCGACCAGCCCAGUGCUGCUGAUGGAUGUACCGAGGCAGAACCAGGACAGUUCCUAUAAGGCUCUUUUCCUAAGAUACGCUAAGCAGGACACAACUAUUGAUGCCUUGCAGCUGCAACAACUCCUUAAUGAAGUGAUCUUGAAAGAUGAAAUGACCAGCCUGGGAGGGAGAUUCAGCUUUGAUUCAUGCAGAGGCAUUUUAGCUCUGAUGGAUCUCAACUCGAAUGGAAGACUCACCCUGCAGGAGUUCGGGAGCCUCUGGCAAUGUCUCACAAAGUACACGGAUAUCUUCAACAAGGAAGACAGAAACCAUUCUGGAUUUCUUGAUGCUGCUCAGCUGAAGAAUGCGGUUCAGGCAGCAGGUCUGGCCACUGAUGCGCAGCUGCUGCGCCUGCUGACGCUGCGCUACGGCGAUGCCCACGGCAGGGUUGGCUUCUCCGACUUCGUGUGCUGCAUGCUGCGCCUCGACACCAUGACCCAUGCAUUCCAAAACUUAGCAGGGGGUGGAUCACAAAUUUUGAUGACGGCAAUGGAGUGGCUGACUCUUGUCAUGUACACCUAGAGAGAUGCCAGAGGUCAUGGUGGCUUUUCUUCCUCCUCAGUAGAACAGUGCCCAAGCCAUCCCGUACUGAAGACAUCCUCGGAGCUGUUGAUAAACCACAGUGAAGGAGUGAAGCCAGGUGUCCUUAUGCUUGGUGGAACUCAGAUAUUGGGAUGAAGAGUCCUUUCCAGGCAAACUGGGGGUGCCUUGGAGAGAGAAGAAUUGCUAAAGCAAGCACUCCUUGGCCAGUCUGGUAGUACUUAAUGGUCUGGGCAAGCUGGGAAGUGUUGACUGUAAUUUCCUCUCAUCUUCCUGUAAAUAGUACAGAAGUUAGGAACAGCUCCAUUAACUCCACUGUGAAAAAGAACAGACCCAUGCCUUUCAUGUGAAAUAGUGUAUAAGAUGUAAGUUACAAAAACUAUUAAGACAUAGUUUAAU